CCACAAAUAUUGAUCACGUGACUGGACGUCGCCCAGGUUUGCUCGAAAGCAUCCUGGUGUUAGCCGUUCAGGGCUAAAAACAAAAAAGUGGGACGUAAUUAUUUUCAAGAUGAAUGAAGCGCCUGUUUUACUCUAGUGGACGCAAAGAAGAUAAGGAACUACCGUGUCUGUCUUCUUCCAGCAMUGCCUGGCUGCUCGUGUCCGAAGAGGCCAGCUAAAAAUGGCUAGCAACACAUUAGCGUUUUAGCUAAUGGUUCAAACUUUGACUGGCAGCUGCAGCUACUCGCUAGUUAAACAUUUCUUCUUGUAGCUAAUAUGAUAAUUAAGAAAUGCUGUAGGUGUUGACACACUAGCAUUGUCGCGCUUUAGCUCAGCUGUUUCGUUUAAAAGAGUUACAUUUUUACCAAAAAACUAUUAGCUACCUUUAUGAAAAAUGAGUACUGAUGAGAAGCUAAUGCUAACAAUAGCGUUUUAAACUGCUUGUAAAGGUGCAACAAGUCAGAGACACUGAAAAUAGUUUUAUUAUUCAGUUAAAUUUGUUAUAACUAAAGGCAACAGUUUUUAAAGCAAAACUGUUAAAAACUUGUGGGUUUCCUGAGUGAUAUAGAGCAGUCACAACAGGAGCUAUAAUAAUGUAAAAAUGUCAGACGAGUGGGGAUUAACACAACAAACAGCUGUCCUGUCAGCCCCGUAAUCCUUGUGUUCUUCGCAAUGAAUCAACAAUAGAUUUGUUUUUAUUGUUCAGCCUGUAGCCGUAAUAUAUUAUAACUUUUAAUACUAUUUGCCUCCGCGUCCAUUUAAAGUUUAGCUUGUAUACAGUCUUGUUUUUGCUGAAGUUAUGUCGGGGGACACAUCUGACAGCAGUGAGGACUCUGAUGGACAAACUAACGAGAAGGCCUGUACUGUCAAACAUGAAAUCACCAAUGCUAACCUUACAGGUCACACUGAAAGGGUUGGCAUGGAGAACUUUGAGUUGUUGAAGGUUUUGGGUACCGGAGCUUAUGGCAAAGUGUUUUUGGUCAGGAAGAACAGCGGUCAUGAUGCGGGACAGCUGUAUGCCAUGAAGGUAUUAAAGAAAGCAGCUAUCGUUCAGAAAGCAAAGACGACAGAACACACUCGCACCGAGAGGCAGGUGUUGGAGCACAUUCGCCAGUCUCCCUUCCUGGUGACGCUUCACUACGCCUUCCAAACUCAGAGCAAGCUACAUCUCAUCCUGGACUAUGUGAGUGGUGGCGAGAUGUUUACUCAUUUGUACCAGCGGGAUCACUUUUCCGAGGAGGCGGUGCGGAUUUAUAUUGGGGAGAUAAUUCUUGCUCUGGAGCUCCUGCACAAGCUUGGGAUUGUUUACCGAGACAUCAAGCUGGAGAACAUCCUCCUGGACAGCGAGGGUCAUGUGGUUUUGACAGAUUUUGGGCUCAGCAAAGAGUUUCUGGAAGAAGACAAGGGAAGGACCUACUCUUUCUGCGGCACCAUUGAAUACAUGGCUCCUGAAAUCAUCAGAGGAAAGUCUGGACAUGGAAAGUCCGUAGACUGGUGGAGCCUCGGGAUCCUGAUGUUUGAGCUGCUGACGGGAGCGUCUCCUUUUACCUUGGAGGGAGAAAGGAAUUCGCAGAGUGAGGUGUCAAAGCGCAUUUUACGCUGCGACCCGCCGUUCCCCUCCAUGAUUGGGCCUGUUGCUCAGGACCUACUGAAGAAAUUACUGGUGAAAGAUCCUCACAGGAGGCUGGGCUCUGGGCCCAGAGGAGCCGAGGACAUCAAAGCUCAUGCUUUCUUUAAGGGUCUGAACUGGGCCGACCUAGCUCAGAAGAAAGUACAGAGUCCUUUUAAGCCAGAGCUGAAAAAUGAGCUUGAUGUGGGCAACUUUUCUGAGGAGUUCACAGGAAUGGAACCCGUCUACUCGCCGGCGAGCACACCUCCGAGCACAGACCGCCUGUUCCAGGGCUAUUCCUUUAUUGCUCCUUCCAUUUUGUUCAAUAAGAACGCUGUCAUGGGAGACUUUGUAGAGGCUCAGAUUGGAGCCGACAGACCAGCUUCUGCUUCUGUCCGGCACAGUGCAAUGGUGAAGGAAUCUCAGUUUUUUCUGCACUAUGAGCUGGAUUUUCAGAGCCCGCCGCUCGGUGAGGGGAGUUUCUCUGUGUGCAGGAAAUGCAGACAUAAACAAAGUGGCCACGAGUACGCCGUCAAAAUCGUCAGCCGCAGGAUGGAGGCAAAUACUCAGAGGGAGAUCGCUGCGUUGAGGCAAUGUGAAGCUCACCCAAACAUUGUGAAGCUGUAUGACGUCUACACUGAUCAGUACCACACAUAUUUAGUGAUGGAGCUCCUGCGAGGCGGGGAGUUACUGGAACGGAUCAAGAAGAAGAAGCUGUUUGACGAGGCGGAGGCCAGUCAGCUGCUGCAGAGCCUGGUCUCAGCUGUCAGCUACAUGCACGAGGCUGGAGUUGUGCACCGAGAUCUUAAACCUGAGAACGUGCUGUUCACAGACGAGGGGGAGCAGUCGGUGCUGAAAGUAAUYGACUUUGGAUUUGCCCGCCUGUGCCCUGCAGGCAGUGCCCCCCUGCAGACCCCCUGCUUCACACUGCAGUACGCGGCGCCGGAGCUGUUCGAGAGCGCGGGAUACGACAAGUCCUGCGACCUCUGGAGUCUCGGGGUCAUCCUGUACACCAUGCUGUCAGGCCAGGUGCCGUUUCAGAGCGAGCAGCGUGGGGUGACCUCGUCGUAYGCUGCCGACAUCAUGCAGAAGAUAAAAGAGGGGGACUUCUCAUUGGACGGAGAGGCCUGGAAGGGCGUGUCAGAGGAUGCAAAAGAGCUUGUUAAAGGUCUACUGACUGUGGAUCCAGAGAAUCGGCUCAAACUCUCAGAUUUGAAGGAGAACAGCUGGCUGCAAGGCGGGGCGUCCAUGUCCACCACRCCUUUGUGCACGCCAGAUGUGUUGGAAUCCAGUGGGCCUACAGUCCGCACCUAUGUCAAUGCCACAUACAAGGCUUUCAACCGCGGCAAGAGGGAGGGCUUUUUUCUGAAAAGUGUGGACAACGCACCGCUCGCAAAGCGGCGCAAGCUCAAGAUGACGAGCACAGGCGUCGAGACCCGAUGGAGUUCAUCCUCUUCCUCCUCCUCUUCUUCCACUUCCUCCUCGGCGUCUGCGACGGCGUCCAAAGAGCAGAGGAAGCAAACCGUGACCCUGAAGCAAAGCAAGCUAAAAUGACAUGAUCGAACAAAGCUGAAAGGAUUCUGGCAACGUGUUGUCCUCCAGUGGUCAGUACCCCCCUACAACGACAACAAAAACAAAUAAAAUACUGACAAAACACUGGCGCAGGUAAACCCAAAGUUUUCAAAGCAAAAACAAGUUUCCUCCUGUUUAAAAGYCUUCAGCUUUUUCUACCUUUUUCUCCUAAAAACAAACAUGUUUUGCUUGAAAGGAGAAAACCCGACCGUGAGAAUUGAAUUCUUAAUCAGUAUUUGUUCAGCACAAUUUAGCUAGAAAUCACUGUGGCUACUGAACAGUGCCUGGUUAUUUAGGGAAGAAAAGGGAAAAAAGGAGCCUUUCAUGAGCAGAAGCCAUAAAAGCUGCAGAAGCAGUGAACUUAAGCGAGAAGUGCACAGUUUCAUGUUUGAAUCAUUUUAAACCACGGCAGAAAGAGAAUAUAGGCACUGCUCCGUACAGCAAGCAGCUUUAAUGUGAGGACAAGUUUAGCUGUUUGCAGCGGCAGCAGGGAGGAGCAAYGAUCAAAUAGUUUAGGGUGAAUUAUUCCGUUUUGGAGAAAGUUGCUGCAGCUCCAUUACACCACCAGCUCUGUGGAUCCCGUUUGAACACUUUGUGGAGCUCCAGUCUCCGAUUAUUGAGCCUGAGUUUGACUCGAAGCAGGUGCAGCUGUGACAAGUUCAGCAGAAGUGCUUGUUUUAAAAAAAAAAAAAAGGUUGUGAAGACAAAGACGCAGUCAUGAAAUGUAAACACUCGCUGUAAAUAUCUGUUGUUGUGCCGGAUAUUUCUAGCAUGCUUCUAAGAAAAAAAAAAUCUCUAUUUUGGUAUCUGACAGAUUAAAAUGAUCACUAGAACACUCUAGUGCAGAUGAAGUGUUUGCACAAAGAUGGGAACUGAAAGACUUUGUUGAGUCGGAGAAGAUUUGAGUGGUUUAGUUUUUACAUUUUAAAAGGAGUUUUCUCUUGGUGCCAUGCGAGGCUCCCAUAAAUAUCACCGAAUUUUUAUACAGAGAGCAGUUUGGGUUUUUUUGUACCUUGGUGCGUCUUUUUGUUCUUAUUUUCCYGAGGUGACUUUAGAGCGAUUGUAAAGCUUUUAAAUUGAAUCGAUUUUACAGAACGAGACACUUAAUUACAACUUGAAGGGAGACCAUCCUUUGAAAGUAAUGUACAAACACUUUAUGAUUUUGAGCAACAAAAAAAAAAACAAAACAAAAAAACUAGAGUAUGUAAUGAUUUAUGCUGUUGAAAUGGUAUAUUAAUGUAAUGUUUUUAUUGAACUUUUUAAAUGUUGCACAGUCAGUUGAUCAAUUAAACACAUUUCAGCUUUAAAAAGUGCUUUUGCUGAUAUUUAUUAUGCCUUUGAUUUUAUUUCUAUGGUUAUGGGAUUAUCAUGAUUUGGCUCUUUUUGUGUUCUGUGUGUGUGAGUGUGUGCGUGAUGCCUGCUGGAGAUGAUGUUUCUGUACCAGGUGAGGCGUUUUACUGUAUUAUUUUCUGUCGUGUUUUCCCAUCGGUGUCUUUUUAAAGGUAACUGGUUGUUUUGUGUUUGAGCUGAACCCCUUUUGCUUAAAAGUUGCUUUUAUUGUUGUUAAAUGUUUUUAGGUGAAUUUUUUUUCUUCCCUCUCUUUUCCUGUUUUACUGAGAUGCACUGUCACUGAUGWUGUAAAUGAAAAUUUAUCUUUGGCACCAAGUUUUCCUUUUUUUGCUCGGUGCAAAAUAAACAUUACUUUUAAAUAGA